UCGCAGGGCCCGCGUCUGCGCGACCCGACCGCACCGCCACGACUGGCGCGCCGCCGCCGCUCGCCGCUCAGGCAUGACCAAUCAGAGGAACUACCCCGGUCACGUGACCAAUGUGGACGCCCAUCAUGGCGGCGCAAGGUGACGCAUUCAGAGCGCAACGAUUCACUCACCAGCCGCAAGAUGUCGUCCCAGCGCCACAGCAAAGGCCCAACGCAGCUUCUCAGGACCGGCCGGCAGCGGCGGCGGAGGCGGCGGCGGAAGCGGAAGAGCCGUCGGUCCGGACCCAGGUGGCGGUGGUGCAGCUUCCCGACGCCAGCGCUACCACCGGCGUGACGCCUCCCACCACCCAGGAGGGUGAGCCGGCCGCCAUGGCGCACUCGUCGCGCCUGCGCGCCGCCGCCUCCACCGCCGGCAGGAGCCUCCGCCGCCUCUCCACGUCGCUGCAGAGGCGGUGGCGGCGCGCGGCGGGCGGCGACCCGCUGUCGGGCGGCGCGGACGGCUUCCUGGCCAAGUUCGCGGGCGCCGGCGACAGCGACCAGGAGCCCAGGCCCUUCUGCUGGGGGGACCGGCUCGCCGUCGACCCGGCGCUGCCCUUCCACUACCGGUGGCUGAUGCUGGUGUCGCUGGCGGUCCUGUACAACCUGGUGCUGGUGGUGGGGCGCGCCGUCUUCUGGGAGCUCAACAACGCCGUGCCCGCCCUCUGGUGGACGCUCGACUACACCUGCGACGCCAUCUACCUCAUAGACACCUUCAUACACGCGCAUGAGGGCUACCUGGAGCAGGGGCUGAUGGUGCGCGACGCGCGGCAGCUGCGGCGGCACUACGUGCAGACGGGCCGGUGGCGGCUCGACGCGCUCAGCCUGCUGCCCACCGACCUCGCCUACCUGUGGUGGCCGCCCGGCUCCUGCCACGUGCGCGUCCCCUGCCCCGUCAUCGUGCGCGCCAACCGCCUGCUGCGCCUGCCGCGCAUGAGCCAGUUCUUCGACCGCACCGAGACCAAGACCGGCUACCCCAACGCUUUCCGGAUUUGCAAGGUGGUGCUGGCCAUCCUGGUGCUGAUCCACUGGAACGCGUGCUUCUACUUCGCCAUCAGCUACGUGAUCGGCUUCGGCUCCGACAACUGGGUGUACAACCUCAACGGCGGGCGCAACAGCAGCCUCUCGCGCCAGUACAUAUACAGCUUCUACUGGUCGACGCUCACACUAACCACCAUAGGCGCUGGCGUUCAGCUGGGUGGUGCCUCUGUCCCACCAGGCGAGACGCCGCAGCCCGAGAACGACGCCGAGUACCUGUUCGUCGUGGCCGACUUCCUGGCCGGCGUCCUCAUCUUCGCCACCAUCGUCGGCAACAUCGGCUCCAUGAUCAGCAACAUGAACCUGGCGCGCGUCGACUUCCAGACGCGCAUGGACGGCGUCAAGCAGUACAUGGCGUUCCGGCGCGUGUCUCGCGAGCUGGAGGCGCGCGUCAUCCGCUGGUUCGCCUACACGUGGGCCAAUAAGCAGGCGCUCGACGAGGAGCGAGUGCUCGCCGCGCUGCCCGACAAGCUCAAGGCCGAGAUCGCCAUCCACGUGCACCUGGACACGCUGCGCCAGGUGCGCAUCUUCCGCGACUGCGAGCCGGGCCUGCUCGAGGAGCUGGUGCUCAAGCUUCGCCUCCAGGUGUUCAGCCCCGGCGACUACAUCUGCCGCGUGGGCGACGUGGGCCGCGAGAUGUACAUCGUGAAGCGCGGCCGGCUGAGCGUCGUGGCGGACGACGGGCGCACUGUGCUGGCCACGCUCAGCGCCGGCUCCGUCUUCGGCGAGGUGAGCGUGCUGGACAUCGCGGGCAACCGCACCGGCAACCGGCGCACGGCCAACGUGCGCUCGCUCGGCUACUCGGACCUCUUCUGCCUGGCCAAGCGCGACCUCUGGGAGGCGCUGGCAGACUACCCGGACGCGCGCCGCUCCCUCACCGAGCGCGGCUGCCAGCUUCUGCGCAAGGACGGCCUGCUCGACGAGGAGGCCUUCCACCGCGCGCAGGCCGAGCGAGAGUCGCUCGCCGACAAGGUCGACCGUCUCGAGAACACUCUAGAGAUACUGCAGACGCGGUUCGCACGCCUGAUGGCAGAGUACAAGAGCCACCAGAGCAAAGUGAAACAGCGCCUCUCACGGGUCGAGCGACGAGAAGACGACGACCGCAGCCGAAGGAGCAGCAGUAGAGCAAAAGACACACUAAAACCUGGAGAAAUGGAAAAAUUAUCACUGUCAUCUUUUGACAAAGAACUAGAGGCAAAUUGCCAAGUGAGGAGAUCCUUCCAAAGACCCACAACCUCUCGCCUUCGAAGAAGCAAACAAAACACAAUGUAGGCACCAGAGAAAAUCUGGUAGCUUCAGCGCUGUCAGUCUGUCACAGCUACUGCCAUAUGUGUUUGAGUGUAUUCUACCAACAUUUGUUUUCAUCUCUGCACAUGUGCAAAUGUAUAGUUUGUUCACAGUUUGUGAUUAAGUUCAAGUACACUGUAAUCAGCUCUAACUUUCCAGAAGAAUGAAGAAUUUUUCACGUC